CUUUUUAAAACUGACCCUAGCACCUCUCCUCCAUUCAAACCCAAUGACUUUCUUAUAUAUAUAUAUAUAUAUAUAUAUAUUACUCAUCAAAUCAAGUUCAAGGGAUAAGCCACAAUUAAAUUAAAGUCCCUGAACUAGAUAAGAAGACUCCCUCAAACUCUCUUGUACUCUCUCUCUCACUCUUCUUCAUCUUCUUCAUGUCUGAUGAACCCAGUAAGGAACUUUACUACAGAGAUCUUUUCUUAGGCCAUCAUAAUCAGCAGGCCUCGAGUGGAUCUGCCAUGUUCUGUGAGAAGAACUUGUCUUCCUUUCAUAUUCCUGGCCCUUCAUCAUCGUCAGGCUUUGAUGAUGAUUCUCCAUAUAUGAGCUUCACUGAAUGCCUGCAAGGAGGCCUGGACUACAAUUCUCUCGCUAGCUCCUUUGGCUUGUCUCCUUCCUCCUCCGAGGUUUUCUCUUCUGAUCAGAAGCCAGCUGCAGAUGCUCCUGGAGAUUUAGGCGGUGGUGGGAGUGAAACGCCUGUGACGACCACCCAGAAUUCAUCCAUCUCUAAUUCAUCUUCUUCGGAAGGUGCAGCUGAAGAGGAAGACUCGGGGAAGAGCAAGAAAGAUAGUGAUCAGGUCAAAGCAGAAGAAGGGUCUAACAAGAAAGGGAACAAAGGCAGGAAGAAAGGAGAGAAGAAGCAGAAGGAGCCCAGGUUUGCCUUCAUGACCAAGAGCGAGGUCGAUCACCUCGAAGAUGGUUACAGAUGGAGAAAAUAUGGACAGAAAGCUGUCAAGAAUAGCCCCUACCCAAGAAGCUACUACAGGUGCACGACGCAGAAGUGCACAGUGAAGAAACGCGUGGAGAGGUCAUAUCAAGACCCAACCACUGUGAUAACAACGUAUGAGGGUCAGCACAACCAUCCAGUCCCCACAUCGCUGAGAGGGAAUGCGGCCGCAAUGUUCACACCUUCUUCUCUCCUAGCACCACACUCUCCUUCAUCACUCGCCGCCGCCGCCGCCGCCGCCCACCACCACCACGAUCUCUUUCUUCACAUGCCUCAUCACUUCAACACCCCAAGUAUUAGUACUGCUUCAGCCGCUGCUUAUAACAAUAACAGCAAUCUUAUUAACAGUACCACUGCUUCUUCUCUUCUUCAGCAGCAGUAUCAUCAUCAUCAUCAUCUUCCUCCUCAUGACUACGGCCUCCUCCAGGACAUUCUUCCCUCCAUGUUCCUCAGACAAGAUCAUCCCUAGUUACUACUUGUCCGUUAAGUACUAUAUAUCAGUACUCUUUUCUUGUAAAUAUAUAUAUAUAUAUAUAUAUGGUGGUUUUAUCUACCUAUAUAUUAGAUAUCUUUCUGAUUAAGUUCUAACUUAGUCCGACUUCAGUAUGCUUUCCUUCUUCCACGGUGGGAAAGUUAUCGAUAUGAAGCGAUGGGACGGAGGUACUGGCAUGUUUAGAAGAAGAGUUAUAUACAUAUUGUAUGAAGAUGCAUGCAGUCCGUUUAGGAUCUGCAUCUAUAUUUUUCUAGCUUAAUGAACGUCAUUUUGAUUGGAUGUAGGAUUACUUUUGUUUGCCUCAUAUCCAUUUUAAUUUGUUAACUUUCAUCUUAUACAUUUCGCUUAAAUUAUCAGUUCGUCA